AUGAGCGCUGAUGAUGCCGAGGAUGCCAUAGAAGAACUCUGGCAGAGCGAGGGUGUACAGCUGCCUUACAGCGUGAACAACAAGCUUGUGAUGCUCGGCGCUAUGGCCAUAGAGGUAGACGCCAAGGCGGGGUUUGCAAUUCCCGUGCAAGCCGAGGACUUUGCAAUAACAACCCGGCAAGGAAGAGAUCGCCAUUGA